UUCUCUCUCUCUUGCCCAAAUCGCGAAUAAAAAUCGCAUUUUAAGAGUCUGUAGACAGUUAUAAUCCGCCUUAUUAAAGCCUCGUCUUUGUGUUUCGUUGCAGAUUGCAGCUAUGGGCCGGCGACCUGCUCGUUGUUACAGAUACUGUAAAAACAAGCCCUACCCGAAAUCUCGGUUCUGUAGGGGCGUGCCUGACCCCAAGAUCCGGAUCUUCGACCUGGGCAGGAAGAAAGCCAAGGUGGACGAGUUCCCCUUGUGUGGUCACAUGGUGUCCGACGAGUGUGAGCAGCUGUCCUCUGAGGCUCUGGAAGCAGCCCGUAUCUGCGCUAAUAAGUACAUGGUGAAGACCUGCGGGAAGGACGGGUUCCACAUCAGAGUCCGGCUGCAUCCUUUCCACGUCAUCCGCAUCAACAAAAUGCUGUCCUGUGCUGGAGCUGAUAGGCUCCAGACGGGAAUGCGCGGUGCGUUCGGAAAGCCCCUGGGCACCGUGGCCAGAGUCCGCAUCGGUCAGGUGAUCAUGUCUGUCCGCACCAAGGCUCAGAACAAGGAGCACAUCAUCGAGGCGCUCCGGCGCGCCAAGUUCAAGUUCCCCGGGCGCCAGAAGAUCCACAUCUCCAAGAAGUACGGCUUCACCAAGUUCAACACGGACGAGUUUGACGAGAUGAUGAGGGAGAAGCGUCUCGUCUCGGACGGCUGUGGGGUGAAGUACAUCCCCAACCACGGCCCCCUGUCCAGGUGGCGCGCGCUCCACGCCGCGUAAAUGCUGCAGGGAGCCGCGCGCGCGGUUCAGCCAGCCGACCCAAUAAAAAACAGUUGUGCAA